GGUAACAGUCGGAGCGUGCCUCGUUGCUGCACCUUCCCCUGUAGAAGGCAGCUGGGGGGGUCAGCCCUCCAGCCAUCACACAGUUUUUGGUGCAAACUGGCGAACACCACAUGCAUUAUUCGUGCAAAUUACAUUUUUGUAAAGUUGUGCCUCUAGUAACCUUUUAGUGAACUAUUGCAAAUUUGAGAAAAGUGGCAAUAGAUUCACUUCGCAGGAGCAAAACAGUGCUACGCCAAGGACAGCAGCAUCUCCUCCAAGGCCCACUACCCCACCUCCUUCCCUUGCCAGAGCCUACACCACCAUGCCUGGCCAGUUCAGAACCCCCAGUGACCCUCCUGUGUCCAGCCUCCUCUCUUUCCCCUCCUCCUGGAGCCCUGGCCACCUGCACCCUCUACGUUUCCGAGCCCGAACUGAAUCCAUGGACUGGCGGCGCCUCUCUGCCCUGGAUGUGGAUCACGUGGCCAGGGAGAUGGACGUGGUCGUACUGCAGGAGUACAUAUCUGCUGUCACCUUCUGUGAUGUCACAGGUGAGAGGUGUCCCCACUGCCGUAGCCCUGCUGACCCGGCCCUUGUCAAGCUCCUACGUAUGUCCCAGCUCAGCACAGAGUACCUGCUGCACUGUCAGGACUACCUGAGCUCCCAGGUGUCUGGGCUGGAGGACCGUCUACAGGGGGCCCUCUCUAAGGCAGACAGAGAGGGAGAGGAGAGGGCCAGGCUGGACUCUGAGCUACAGGCCACUAAACAGGAGAGCAAACUCAGGAAGAAGAUGCUAGCCACACAGCAGCUUCUACUGCAGGCUAGCUUCAACAACUACCACAAGUGCCAGUGCUGUGAGAAGUCCUUCAUCAACUAUUCCUACUUACAAGCCCACCUACAGCGCAGGCAUCCAGAGCUGACAGACACAGAGCGGCAGAAGAAGAGGCAGGUGGAACAGAUGGAGGAUGGGAUAGAGGAGCUGAGAGAGAGGCUGAAACUGUCCCAGACUAGACUGGACAUCGAGAGGGAAGCAGAGACACUGAGAAGACAGGAAGAGCUGGAAGAUCAGCGAAGGAAAGAGACCUCGGAGCGAGAGAAGAUGGAGAGCUGGAAGGAGGAGGAGAGGAAGAAGUUUAAAGAGGAAAUGAGGGACCUGAAGCAGCUGUUCCUGCAGGAGUUCAGAGAUAUGGCCAGCAGGAGCUCCUCCAUCGAGGCUAAACUGCAGGAGCUCCAGACCAGAGAAGAAGUGACUGUUUCUAACCUGGGCUCCUAUCAAGAGGACGAUGAGCUGCAGCAGAGAGAGGAGGCAGCGAAGAGGAUGAUGAAGAAGAAGAUGUCUGAGCAGAAGCGUGAGUGGAACAAACGGUUUAAAGAGGUCCAGAACAGGCACAUGUUGGAGAGAGAUGAGCUGCAGAGUGAGAAUGAUAGGCUGCAGCUGGCCCUGUCUGUAGAACACAGGUCAGACCGACACAGGCUAGAACAACAGGUCACCUCCCUGUCUGCCAGGGUCCAACAGAAAGACCGGCUCAUCAGGUCUCAGGAGAAUAAGAUCAACAGGAUGUCUAGAAGACCAGUGGCAGAUACUGCCAUCAAACAAGCGGUCCAACACUCCACAGAGGAGGAGGAGGAGGAGGAGGAGGACUCUGGUGAGACCAGGAGGAGACUGUUGGAGUCCCUCCGGAGGAACCCCGCCUUGGUGAAGGAGUUCAGAGCCAUACUAGAGGAAACGCUGGAGGAGAGGCUGGAGAAGAUGGGCCUUAGAAAGGGAACCAAGGGUAUAUCCAAGAAGUCCUUUAAGAGCCUGAGCGCGUUGGUAUCUGGUCAGCGACAUCAGAUGUCCAAACAGAAGGCAGACCUCCUGGAGCUCAGAGAGAGCCUGGCCAGAGAGCUGACGCGCAGGGUGCACGCCCUGCAGAGGAGCCAGGGGACCACCGUACCUACUUUACCCAGACAGGCUACCAUACCCAGUACCACCCCGCAGUCCCGCAAGAAGAGGAGUCCUAGCCGGGAGAAGAGUCCAAAAAGCAGACAGACACCAGUGAAGGUGAAAGCCUCCUUGAGGAAAGAGAAGGCUCCACAACCUCAACAGACACCAGGGACUCAUAGAAAAAAGAACAGCACCCCUCCCUUCAGUUCUGAGGAUGAGGCAUCAGGAGAAGACAUUCCCUCUGUCACCAGCCCUGGCAGUAGGUCUGGUGUCUCUGUCACCAGCCCUGGCAGUAGGUCUGGCCCCUCUGUGAGGGUGGUGCAGUCUGGAUCCAGCCCAAGGCAGAUGUACCCAAUGUCUGGUUCUACCCAGGGAGAGGACUGGUCUGGGACAGACACAGAUCUCUCAGAAGGGCCUACAAGUCUAACAACCCACCGUGGAGGUCCGACCGUAUUGAAGAAGUAUCAGGAUUAUUUCAGCUGGGUCCCUUGUUUUGUGUUGUCCGGGUCUGUAGUUAAAACGCUGACCAGAAGCUUGGAGAGACAGUUGAGUUCUCCAAUGAACAAGCCAGUAGGAGGAACCAGAGUGGUGGUGCCACCAGCAGCAGCCAAGGUCUUACCCAAACCCAAACCCAGGACAGCGUUAAAAACCCUACAGUUAUCGGAUGAGGAGAGCGACCUAGAACUGUCGUCCAUCGAGGAGCUCCUGUCCCUGCCGGUAGGGGGCCAGUCUCAGUCCCUAGGUGGGCGAGGGAGCACCGAGAUGGGCCUGGGAGGAACCUCAGGAACCAGCGUGUGGAGCUCCUCAACCAGCAGAGCAGGAGGGCUUUAAUGCACUUUUCCUGUUUUUUUAAAUUUUAUUUAGUGCUAUGUAUCCUUUAUUUAUCCAGAUGAGUGCCUUUUUGAGAUGGAAAUCUAUUUUUCAAUGGGCCUAUGUGAUAUAUGAAUGACUCUUUUCCAGUUUUAAAACGAUUGACAGAAGAUCCAUUCCAACGUGAUGAGGAGCUGGCGUGUAAUACCAGUUAUAAAACAAUAACAGAAGAUCCAUUCCAUCGUGAUGAGGAGCUGGCGUGUAAUACCAGUCAUAAAACAAUAACAGAAGAUCCAUUCCAUCGUGAUGAGCUGGCGUGUAAUACCAGUUAUAAAACAAUAACAGAAGAUCCAUUCCAUCGUGAUGAGGAGCUGGCGUGUAAUACCAGUUAUAAAACAAUAACAGAAUAAAUAGCCUUUCAGUUUUAUUCAAUUUUCCAGGAUCAAACUAUACUCAGCAAAAAUAGAAACCCAACAUGUAAAGUGUUGGUCCCAUGUGUCAUGAGCUGAAAUAAAAUAUUCCAGAAAUGUUCCAUACGCACAAAAAGCAUAUUUCUCUAAAAAAGUGUAUUUCUAUCAAAUUUUUGGCACGAAUUUGUUUAUCCCUGUUAGCGAGCAUUUCUCCUUUGCCAAGAUAAUCUAUCCACCUGACGGGUGUGGCAUAUCAAGAAGCUGAUUAAA